AUGGCAAGCUCCAAGGUAUUAGGGGUUGCUUUCAUUGCUUUGUUCAUUCUCGACCUUGCAUUUGCUGCCAGGGUCCCAGAAAGUUUUUUUACCGGAAGAGGUGGUGGUGGUGGAGGAGGGGGUGGCGGAGGAGGGGGUGGCGGCGGUGGUAUUGGACGUGGUUCUGGGUAUGGAUCGGGGUAUGGCUCAGGUGGGGGUGAAGGGUAUGGCGGAGGGAUAGGAGGAAGUGGUGGAGGCGGUGGAAGAGGAGGAGGUGGUGGUGGCGGUGGAGGAACGGGUGGUUCUGGGUUCGGGUCCGGAUCAGGGUAUGGAUACGGGUCAGGGUCUGGCUCCGGGAUUGGUGGCGGUACGAAUGGUGGAGGAGGAGGUGGGGAAGGUGGAGGAGGUGGUGGAGGUGGAGGUAACGGUGGUUCUGGUUUCGGAAGUGGUGAAGGAAGGGGUUUCGGAAGUGGAAGUGGAAGUGGAAGGGGAGGACAAGGUGGUGGUGGUGGUGGAGGAGGUGGUGGUGGAGGUGGCGGAGGAGGUAGCAAUGGAGGUUCUGGGUAUGGAAGUGGAUCAGGGUAUGGUUAUGGAUCUGGUUGGGGUGGAGGAGGAAAUGAUGAGUUCCCUUAA